AUGUCACCUGUCAUGGAAGUGCAACUGAGAACGUCAAAUGGAUUCAGGACAGCUAUUCUCAAGCUAUUCGAUCAAUGUUUUGGAGUGUCCCGCAAGCAGCAUCCGUAUAACCAACAAGCAGCAGCUGCGUGGCAAGACUGUGUUCGCUCUGGCUUAGCGAAAAGACUCGUUGAUGAAUUCCAACAGGAUGAAAACAAUAUCAGAAAGGCGCGUUUUGGAGACACUGUUGACGACGACGCUGACGACGACGAAGAAGAUGAGGAUAAAGAAGAAUCAGAAUCAGAAUCAGAAUCAGAAGAUGAUGAAGAAGAUGACCUCAGAGUGUGGGAAGCUAUAAUAUACCACAGGUCUCAGAAACAAUACGAAAGAGAAGUUCGAGCUUACAGCAAACUAAAAGCACUUCAAGGCCGAUGCAUUCCAAGAUUCAUCAAUUCAGUCAUUUACAGCCGACCAGGAGCACCUACAGAUCUUCCAGCAGCAUACUUUCAAGUUCCAGGUAUACUACUCGAAUGUAUUGACAGCUUCCCCCUUUCAAAACUUACAACAAAGGUCCCAUAUCAGCCAUUUCUUUGGGAAAAGAUAAUAGAAAGCGCAGUUGAUGUGGUUCGUGAAGUUAAUACAGCUGGGGUUGUGCAUCAUGACUGUCAACCUCGGAAUAUGCUGGUAGCGCAGAGAGAUGGCGCUUUUCAGUUAUACUUGAUUGAUUUCGCACAGUGUGCAUUUGAGGAGGAUUACAAGGACACAGAGGACCUAUCGGAUGAGAAUGGAUAUGCACAUAUUGUGCACCUGAAUGAUAAUGCUGUGGGUAUCGCGGUUCUUAUGGACCAAAGGGUAAAGAGGGAGACAUCUUAUACACUUCGCCUUAAGACGCUAGAGGAUUUAAAGCAACUAGCUUAG